CGACGUUGUGGGGUCGGACGUGACGUCAUUACGAGCCGUCAGACAGGAAGCACAUGGCGGAUUCCCGACGUCAGAGAGGGUUUCGGCACGCUUCUUCGUUUCCAUUCGGAACCGCUUUGACACUUGGACCGCGCACGCUGCGAAGGGGGUUCCAGAAGAAAAUUCAAGAACCGUGAGGGUGUCGUUAGAGCUCAUGGCAGAAUACGUUCUGAGCGGACAGACCGACGAUACUGUCCCAGAGGACGGACUGACGGGACAACAGCUGGUAAACGGAGGAGAUGGACUCACAUACAAUGACUUCCUCAUUCUGCCGGGCUACAUUGACUUCACUGCCGAUCAAGUGGACCUGACCUCGGCGCUCACCAAACAAAUCACAAUGAAAACUCCCUUUGUAUCAUCCCCCAUGGACACGGUCACGGAGGCCACCAUGGCCAUCGCGAUGGCAUUAACAGGUGGGAUCGGCUUCAUCCACCACAACUGCACCCCAGAGUUCCAGGCCAAUGAAGUCCGGAAAGUCAAGAGGUACGAGCAGGGCUUCAUCACAGACCCGGUAGUGAUGAGCCCUCACCACCUCGUGCAGGACGUCUUUCAGGCCAAGGCCCGCCACGGCUUCUGUGGUAUCCCCAUCACGGAAGACGGCAAAAUGGGGAGUAAGCUGGUUGGCAUCAUUUCUUCGCGAGACAUCGAUUUUCUCAAGCCGCAGGAGCACAACCUGCCUCUCAGCCAGGUUAUGACAAAGCGAGAAGAUCUCGUGAUUGCUCCUGCUGGCGUGACACUGAAAGAAGCCAAUGAAAUCCUACAACGGAGUAAGAAAGGCAAACUUCCUAUUGUGAAUGAAGACGGCUGCCUGGUGUCCAUCAUUGCCCGAACCGACCUGAAGAAGAACAGAGACUUCCCUUUGGCCUCCAAAGACUCCCGCAAGCAGCUCCUGUGUGGCGCCGCCAUUGGCACGCACAAUGAUGACAAAUACCGCCUGGACCUGCUGGUGCAGAGCGGAGUGGAUGUGAUUGUACUGGAUUCUUCUCAGGGUAACUCAAUAUUCCAGGUCAACAUGAUCAAAUAUGUCAAAGAGAAGUACCCAAGCCUGCAGGUCAUUGGUGGCAAUGUGGUGACCACCGCUCAAGCGAAAAACUUGAUCGACGCAGGAGUGGACGGACUGAGAGUCGGAAUGGGCAGCGGGUCCAUUUGCAUCACACAGGAAGUGCUGGCCUGCGGCAGACCGCAAGCCACUGCGGUCUAUAAGGUGUCGGAGUACGCCAGACACUUUGGUGUGCCCGUCAUUGCCGAUGGUGGCAUUCAGAAUGUCGGACACAUCGCCAAAGCACUGGCACUUGGAGCAUCCACAGUGAUGAUGGGCUCUCUGCUUGCCGCCACCAACGAAACUCCUGGUGAAUAUUUCUUCUCUGAUGGCAUCAGGCUAAAGAAGUACCGUGGCAUGGGCUCCCUGGAUGCCAUGGACAAAAACUUGGGCUCUCAGACGAGAUACUUCAGUGAAAGUGACAAGAUCAAAGUUGCUCAGGGUGUUUCAGGAGCUGUGCAGGACAAAGGCUCCAUCCACAAGUUUGUUCCCUACCUACUGGCUGGCAUUCAACACUCCUGCCAGGAUAUCGGCACCAAGAGUCUCACUCAGCUCAGAGCCAUGAUGUACAGUGGAAACCUGAGAUUUGAAAAGAGAACGGCAUCGGCUCAAAUGGAGGGUGGUGUCCACAGUCUGCACAGUUAUGAGAAGCGUCUGUUUUGAAGACGAUCCUUCAGCUGGAGACGAUGAUGCCAAAACUCCAGGUCUUCUUGUUCUAUGAUCCUAUUAAUGUUCACACACACACACACACACACACACACACACACACACGAACGACUAACCUCAGAGCAUUUCUAUUCAUCAAGUCUUCCAGACAUUUCGCAUUUUCUAUGCAUCCUCGAAUAAUGCGUGAAGGACAGCUAAGCCUUAUCAGUCAAUGCACGUGACUGUUCUCCAAAGCCUUCCAUGUCAUUGUUAAGUGCCCACUAUACAACUGUGUUCAUUUUCAAAGAAUAAAAGUUCUUCUAUUUUUUACAUGAUUCUUACUUACUUUUGUUCAGUCACGGAAAAAAAAAAAAGAAUAAAGCUCAAAUGAAAUUGCAAUUAAAAGCCUGGAAUGGCCAC